GCCUGUGAGCAUCCUGGCUGCAGUGUUUGUGUCCCUCAUUGAGCUCCAAGACGAGGCGGCUGAAAGGAUUUCCAAAAAAGGGGAGGGCGGCAGGUGCGACCUAAGAAGAGCCAGGCAAGGAAGGGAGUUCACGGAGACCGGCGCCGAGCAGGCCCCAGUCGCCGCCGUAUGGUGAGAGUCAGCAGGUGACCUGAAAUGGCCCAGGUGCUGCACAUGGACCCUGGCUUCCCAGGGAAACUCAGCUCGCCGGCGCCCGCGUCUUUGCACGGCAAGGAGCAGGAGGCGCCCUACUCCGUGGAGACCCCCUACGGCUACCGUCUGGACCUGGACUUCCUCAAGUAUGUCAACGACAUAGAGAAGGGCAACACCAUCAAGAAGGUGCCGAUCCAACGGCGUCCGCGCUACGGCUCGCUGCCCCGCGGCAGCUAUGGCUACACGGGCUCCUGGUGGACCUCCACGGAGUCUCUGUGCUCCAAUGCCAGCAUGGACAGUCGCCACUCCUCCUACUCCUACUGCGCCCCAGGCUACCACAGCACACAGAGGCCCGGCUUCAGCAGCGCCCGGGUGGAGAAGACCCUGCUGGAUGCACGCAGGAAGCUGGAGGAGGAGAAGGAAGGGCGGAGGUUCUCCAACCUGGGCAGCAUGCACAGCAGCAUGGCGGGCUCCAACACCUCCAUCAGUAGUGCGCACAGCUUCAACCGAGCCCAGGGUGGGGGAGGAACCUUCACUCCCCUGAGCUCUGGCCUCUCCACCCCGGUCACGCCCACCCCGGCCCACCUGCAGCACGUCAGGGAGCAGAUGGCCGCCGCCCUCAGGAAGAUCCGAGACCUGGAGGAGCAGGUGAAGACCAUACCUGUCCUCCAGGUGAAGAUCUCUGUGCUCCAGGAAGAGAAGCGGCAGCUCAGCGUCCAACUGAAGAGUCAGAAGUUUCUGGGCCACACCAUGAGUUUUAAUCGAGGUCGGAGCAGAGGGGAGCUUUACAUCGAUAUCCCGGAAGAAGAGGUGGGCACCGGAGCGAAGGGCGGAGACAAAGCGUCGGGGUUGAUGUCUCCCACCACACCUGAGGGCUCCAAACAAGACUCCGGCUGUGAGAUCGAGGACACGGUCAUCGUGGCCGGAGCCAGACCGGACGCCAAGCGAGAGGUGCGCACCAUCGGGGUGGGACCGGAGGGAGGGAAGGGCAGCCGCCAGGUGGGGGUCGGAGUCCGGGAGGUGGACCUGGGUCUGCUGCCGGAGGCCGAGGCUCUUAAGAACCAAGUGGUCCACCUGGAGGGUCAGCUGAGAAGAAUGAUGGAGCAGAUACAAGCCACCUCCGCCCAGAAGGAGACGGGCCCCCGGGCGGAGACGGCGGUGAUGGCCACCAGCUCGGGCUGGCGGGAGCUGCAGGACGGCAACCUGCAGACCGUGGUCAGCUUCACCCAGCACAGGCAGCAGAGGACUGUGGGGGUCCAGGUCUACACACUGGAGCAGCCCACCCUGCUGGAGGUGGGCUCUCGCAGGCCAGCGCUGAGCUGCAGCCCUCCUUCUGCCGCCAUGGAGGGUCACCAUGGAGGAGCAGCUGAAGGCUACACAGAAGCUGGCGUGGGCUUGCCAGUUGCCGUCAGCUCCAAGCAGGUCCGUGACGUCCUGAAGAGCGAGUUGUCCACCUCGGUGCUCAUAUCCAACCCCGCCAUGACUGCUGGCACAGCUGCCAAUCACACACCUGCUGUGGUGUAUUUCAAAGAGGAGGCCACGCACCUUGACACGAGUGCGGCGACUCUUCAGUGGCAAGAUGGCCACACGACAGCCUCGUCUCCCCAAUCGUCCCUGAGGUCCAUCAUGAAGCGUAAAGCAGAGGGGGAACCUGGCUCGCCAUCCACCAAGAAGAACCUUCAGUUCAUUGGAGUAAACGGAGGCUACGAGUCCACAUCGUCAGAAGAGAGCAGCAGCAGCGACAGCUCGGACCAAGAAAGCGACUCCAGCGAGUAUCAUGAAGCGCGGGAAAAACUACCCGAGUCAGCAGCCCCUGGAUCCUCCCCGCCUCUAGAGGGCAGCACCUGCAGAACAGCAUCCUCCUCGCCACUAGAGGGCAGCACCUGCAGAACAGCAUCCUCCCCGCCUCUAGAGGGCAGCACCUGCAGAACAACAUCCUCCUCGCCACUAGAGGGCAGCACCAGCAGAACAGCAUCCUCCCCGCCUCUAGAGGGCAGCACCAGCAGAACAGGAUCCUCCCCGCCUCUAGAGGGCAGCACCAGCAGAAUAGCAUCCUCCCCGCCUCUAGAGGGCAGCACCUGCAGAACAGCAUCCUCUCCGCCACUAGAGGGCAGCACCAGCAGAACAGGAUCCUCCCCGCCUCUAGAGGGCAGCACAUGCAGAACAGGAUCCUCCCCGCCACUAGAGGGCAGCACAAGCAGAACAGCACCCGUGCAUUACGCCUCUCAGUCGUCAACAAUGGACCAACCUCCACUCUCCCCGGCGACGGCGGCUGCAGCAAGUGCCUCCCAGACUUCCACGCCCUGUGCCAGCCUUGCCCUGGAGGGUCCUGCCUGCCAGGAGAGUGUCACCAAGUUGAGUGCAGAGGUUGCUGGGCAGCAGGUGACAGACAGCAGCAGCCAAUCAGAGUCAGCGUGUGAAAGCGUCCCCGCAGGACAAGUCAGGCUGGAAGUCAGCGAGAGUCUGAUGUCGGCGCUGCACCACCUCCAGGAAGCCCUGGCAGAGCACAAUGCCUUCAGCCAGCAAGGCGCCAGGUUGGCGUACACCAGCGUGCUGCAGGAGUGGCUUCGUGUUUCCUGCCACAAAGCGGCGGACGUGGCGGCAGUCAGAGCCUACAUGGAUGCCUUCGCCGCCGUCUCCCCUCAGCUGCUGCAGUUUGUCAUCAACAUGGCAGACGGCAACGGGAACACGGCGCUGCACUACACCGUCUCACACUCCAACUUCCCUGUGGUCAAACUGCUCCUGGACACCGGUUUGUGUAACGCUGACAGGCAGAACAAGGCGGGCUACACGGCCAUCAUGCUCACCGCUCUGGCUGCCUUCCACUCCGACCGCGACCUUCAAACCGUCCUGCAGCUCCUGCGCACGGGCGACGUCAACGCCAAAGCCAGCCAGGCGGGUCAGACAGCGCUGAUGCUGGCGGUCAGCCACGGCAGGGGGGACAUGGUGCGGGCCCUCCUCUCCUGCGGGGCCCAGGUCAACGUCCGCGACGAUGACGGCUCCACCGCGCUGAUGUGCGCCUGCGAGCACGGCCACGUGGACAUUGUGCGGCAGCUACUGUCUGUGCCCGGCUGUGACGCCACGCUUGCUGACAACGACGGCAGCACGGCGCUCUCCAUCGCCUUGGAGGCCAGCCAGAAUGACAUCGCCGUGCUUCUUUAUGCUCACCUCAACUUUGCAAAGCCUCCUUCUCCUGUUUCACCAAAAUCUCCUCUCCUGGCUUCCUCUCUUCCUUCUGCCGGUGAAACUAAAUAGAAGUCCACUGGCCACGACAACUGGCACUAUUUGCUGUUUUUCACAGCACAUCAUUUCUACACGGACUCCAGCAUGAACAACUCAAGUCCAGCAGCACACACUAGCAACAUGAAGUCACAACUGAAGUCCAGCAGCCCACACUAGCAACAUGAAGUCACAACUGAAGUCCAGCAGCACACACUAGCAACAUGAAGUCACAACUGAAGUCCAGCAGCACACACUAGCAACAUGAAGUCACAACUGAAGUCCAGCAGCACACACUAGCAACAUGAAGUCACAACUCAAGUCCAGCAGCACACA